AUGUAUCCUGAGAGAGAGCCAUUUGAAGUCGGCAAGCUUAAGGUCUCCGAUAUCCACACUCUCUAUUAUGAGGUGUCUGGAAAGAGAGAUGGCUCUCCAGUCGUUUUCCUCCACGGCGGUCCUGGAGGUGGUGUACAUCCUAGCGAUAGAGGUUUCUUCAACCCGGAGAAAUACAAGAUCGUUCUCUUUGAUCAAAGAGGCGCGGGGAAAUCUACUCCGAGCGCCUGUCUUGAAGAAAACACGACCUGGGAUCUGGUAAAAGAUAUCGAAAAGUUAAGAGAGUUUCUCAAGAUUGAGAAAUGGCAUGUGUUUGGAGGGUCAUGGGGGUCGACGUUAUCUCUGGCAUACGCUCAAAGUCAUCCUGAUCGCGUGAAAAGCUUGGUCCUCCGAGGGAUAUUCACUCUGCGCAAAAGCGAGCUCAAGUUCUUCUACCAAGAAGGAGCAUCACACCUGUUUCCAGAAGCUUGGGAUGAAUAUAUUGCCCCAAUCCCUGAAGCUGAGAGGAAGGACAUGAUAUUGGCGUACCAUGCCCAAUUAAAUUCGACAGACGAAGAGACCCGUCUCAAAGCUGCUAAAGCUUGGGCAAGAUGGGAAAUGUGGACCUCAAAACUUUUAGUAGAUCCGGCUCAUAUUGCUCACGCAGAUGAUGAUAAUUUUGCCAAUGCCUUUGCACGCAUUGAGAACCACUAUUUCGUCAACGAAGGUUUCAUGAGGGAGGGCCAAUUACUUGAGCCUCAGGAAAUCGAUAAGAUGCAAGUGUCGCUGUAUUUAUCUUCCUACCAAAAUCUGAUGGAUUUUAGACGGCACAUUCCCACCAUCGUAGUUCAAGGAAGAUAUGACGUCGUUUGUCCGGCCACAACUGCUUAUGCUCUCAAGAAGGUCUUCCCGCAGCUCACUUUAAAUAUUGUGCCCGAUGCAGGUCACUCGUCCCGAGAGCCAGGUAUUGCCAGAUUACUCGUCGAGGCAACUGACUCGUUCGCCGACUUGUAA